AGAGUAGGAGGGACCCUAAGCACCUAUCAGCAUCCAGAGCACACCUGCUCGCUCUCUGCAUCAGGAAUUCAUUUCCCAACGCUUCUUCAUCUGGGACAGCUGCCUUUUUGAAAGCUGGAGAUGAUAAAGGAGAAUAAGGUGGACAUCCUGGAGGUGCCCCAGAGAUCAGCUCCCAUGGCGACCACUGUGAUCAACAUCCAGCCGGAGACGUUCGUGCCCGACCACAUUGUCUGGUCCCUGUUCAACACGAUCUUCAUGAACUGGUGCUGCCUGGGCUUCGUGGCAUUUGCCUACUCCGUGAAGUCUAGGGACCGGAAGAUGGUCGGUGACAUGAUUGGGGCCCAGACUUAUGCCUCUACCGCCAAGUGCCUGAACAUCUGGGCCCUGGUCUUGGGCCUCCUUCUGACCACUGGAUUCAUUGUUCUUCUGGUGUUUGCCUCCCUGACGGCCUCCAGUAUCAUUUUAAGGGUUAUGCAGACGAACGGGGGCUACCACUAGCUGCUCAGGGCAGGAGACGCCAGUCCUCCACCGUCCCCUGCUGGCCGGGCUUCCCAUGCUUCCCGGGCUGUUGGUCCCGUCCCUCAGCACCCAGCCCUUCACCCUGUUAUAGAGAUUACCUGACCACAACUGAAUGCAAUAAAAUACACUUGUGUGUGA